AUGAAUCCUGCAAAUUCACUUGAUCAACAAACAAAUUCAAAUGAGAAUAUCAUCAAUCAAGAUUCGGAAUCGAACCAGUCAUUCAACAAGAAUAUUACAACUGAACUAUCCGAGAAUAAAGUAGAAGAAGUCGGUGAUCCUACUGUAUAUAUCGAUGACAGUGAUGAUGAUACUAUUGCAGAAGGAGAAAUUAUCACUUCAACAAUUCCACCAACUCAAAUAGUGGACACAAUAGUUACUACUACUACAAAUCCAGAUGGUAGUUUAAAGCGUACAACGAAAAAAACAACACGUACCGUCUUGACAACAGCAAGAAUACGUAAAGUGAAAGUGAAAAAUCUCUCUGCCAAUUCAGAAUCUAGUCAGUCAUCAUCUUACGCCAAAAAUCAUUCAGAUAUGCCAAACAUUAUUAAUUUUACAAAAUUCAGCUCGGAAAAAACCGAUGGUAAUUCCCUAGCUCAAGCUACAUUAGCUAUUAUUCCUCCACAAACUGAAGUUAUUUAUCAAGAAAAUGUAACACCUAUCGGCGAUAUAGAUCCAGAUACUGUGGCACAAUUAAAACAAUCGCCUGACAGUGUAUUACCUCAACAAGCUAUUACAAAGACAACUACAAAAAAAACAGUCAGUGCAACUGCAGCUACCGCUACAUUUUACGCAACUGGAAGUGAAGCUAUGAGUCCAAAUAUUUUUACAAGUAAUGGUGAUGUGAACGCCAAAAAUAAUAACAAUACAAAAUUAUCAAAAGAUUUUCAUCAAUCGUUUAGUUUAUCAAGUCUACAUGAAAAAUUUCGAAAAAAUCUUAAUGAUACAACUAGACAGAAUACAACUACUGAUAGGAUAGAUUAUGAUAUUGACAAUCCUAUUAACAAUCAUGAAUUUGCCACUACUAUAACUACAAAAACUGUCACUACAACACAUAGUUCCGGUUCAGCAACAACCACUACUACUACAACAACCACAACGAUGGAUGAUAAUAAUAAUAACGGUACAAGAAAGCAAACUACACGAGUUACAAAUAAUUUUGCCAGUAAAAGAUUCUUUUUCACGCUUAAGAAGCCGUUCAGCUUAUUCAGUAAGGAUCUUCGAACAGCGAUCGAAGACGGGCAAGGCAUUCAGAAUAGUAAAACUGAUAUUGUAGAUACUGAACAGUUGGCAUUGAUGACAAUGAAAGAAUCAGAACGUAUGUUUUCUGAAGCCAAAUCCAUGUUUGCAUCAAAUCAAACAUUAACAUCAGAUAAAGUUUCACAAUCACGUGGUUCAAAAGCAAACAACAAAAUCAACAUUUAUUCAAAGAAUGAAGAUGGCACUGUACAAGGUUAUCAGUCUCGUUUUGCAAAUCUACCAUUAUAUCAAGGAUAUGGAAUAAUUGCACAUCAGAUAGCAUUAUCGAAUAAAGCAAAUACAGCGAAGAAGUCUACAUCUGAAAUACAAAAGGAGAAUGAUGAUGUCGUGAAUGGUCAACAAACUUCACUAAGUCCUAUUAGUGCUAGUGAUUCAGUGAAUAUUAGACAAAUUUCCGAUCAAAGUGGAACAGAUAUAAAUUUAGUUGCAAAUGCAUUCGCUCAUCUAUUAGACGAAUCAAUAUUGACAUUUUUAUAUGAAGCAACGAAUCAACAAAUUGUUAAAUCAGGAUCAUUAAAUUUAUUUGAUCAACCUGUAUGUAUUAGUGAUCUUCCACAAAACAAAGAAUUGUCAUUUUCUGAAUCAGCAAAUGAACGACCAGCACUUCAGGAAAAUGAAAACUGCGAUAUUUCUCCAAGUUUAACCAGUUUUAAAGAUAAGAAAGAUGAAGAAAUGCUCGAACUAAAACAGCAGGACCAACAUGACAUUAGUAAUUUACGAGAAAUUCAAGGCAGCAAAAGUGUUUCAGAAGGUCUUGUACAAAAAACCAGUCGAUUUGGUGUUGGAAAUCAAGGUGCGUUUCGUGUCGCUUGGUCAGAAAUGCCUGAAGUUGUAGAAAGUAACUGUCUCCAGAGAUUAACCAGACAUGAAAUUCAAUUACAAGAAGCUAUGUUUGAAGUGAUCACUUCCGAAGCAUCAUAUUAUCAAAGUUUAAAUGUUUUAGUCAAUCAUUUUUAUCAUGCUCCAGAAUUUGAAUGUGAACCAUUGUAUUCACCAGUUCAAGGUAAUCAAACAGUUAAUAAAAGUGGAAAAGAUCGUUAUUCACCUCCACCAUCGACUAAUACUGCAGGACAACAAGAUGCAGCCAAUAAUAAUGAUCAGGUAUUGAGUGAACCUAGUACACCAUCAGUCAGUGUAACACCAUUGGGACAAACUAUUUCUAAUUCUACUAAUACAAUCGUAAAUAAUAAUAAUAAUGCUGACUUUGCAGACGUUUGUCCAGAUGGAAUUCCUUCUAGUAAUCAAACUACAACAAAUACAACAACACGACGUCCAUUAUUGAAACCAUUAGAAAAACAUCAUCUUUUUUCAAAUGUACUACUUGUAUGUUUAGCAAGCGAAAUGUUUUUACGUGACCUUGAAGCAAGAUGGGAAUCUCGAAUGCCAAUUCUAAAUGAAGUUUGUGAUUUAAUUGUGAAACAUGCUGGCGGUGUAAAUUUUGAACCAUAUAUUACUUAUUUAAGAAACCAAACAUAUCAAAUGGCAACACUACAAAAAUUGUGCCAACGGGAUAGCUUUCGUUCAGCAUUAGAUAAUUUGCAUGCUCAUCCAAGAAGUGGAAAAAAUAUGAUCAAUUCAUUUUUAGCACUUCCAAUGCAAAGAUUAACGCGUUUAAAAUUACUGGUUGAAGUUAUACGUCGACUGCAAGAUGCAGUUGUCAGAGAUUCAAAAGAUAAAUCACUUGAAAAACAUCCUUUUCGAGUGCCAAGUGAUAGAGAACGAGAAAAUGUUCAACUUGCACUACGUGAAUUAAAUCGACUUUUGACUGCCAGUGAAACUGAAAAAGAACUCAUGGACAGGAAAUCUCGACUCCUCACGUUAUCCUCUUCUCUUGAAUUUCCCGACAAUGUUAAGCGAAUAUCAAUCAGUGAUAAACGUCUCAUUAAAGAAGGUGAACUACGUGAAUAUUUAUCCGAUAAUGGACGUAUGUCAGUAUUGCAAAAGUUGACUAUACGUAAACCGAAUACAUUCUAUUUAAUAUUAUUCAAUGAUAUGUUGCUAGUGACAAAGAAGAAAAAAAAUGAACGUUUUCUUGUUUUGGAUUAUUGUGACCGUGCAUCAAUACAAGCAUUGGUUCAACACAGUGGUGAUCUAUUUAAUCCUAAUACUAAUUUACUAAAAAAUCCUAAAACUUCUAUUUCUGCUGAACCUUUAUGUCAUAUUGAUCCUCCGAAUGAUGAUCUCAAAGUUGUUCCGCAAAAGUCCAGGCGAUUACUUUCACCAGGAUCAGAAGAAGAUGUGAAUGAUGAUAAAAGUAAAGCAAAACAUCAUAGACACUUUAGAACUACUGUUGAUUUUAAAAACGUGAUCGAUUCAAAUAACAAUGAUAAUCAACAUCAGACAAAUCGAAUUCACAGUCAAAUAGAAACAAAUGAAUCGAAUAGAAACUAUCUCAGUUUGGAUGAUAACAAUCAAAAUGUCAAUAAUUUGUCAAAUAUUUCUACUAAUCAUACAGAUAUUACUACCACUACUACAACCAAAGCAACAAACUCCAUUGUUAUCGGUAAUGUGAACACAAGUAAAACAACUAAUUUAUCCAGAUCUGGAAGUAGUCUAAGUGGUUAUCAAUUACGCUUUAGUCAAGAAAAAAAUAGGCAUAUAAAAUCCAGUAUAUUUAGUACAUCACAGCCAAGUACAUUAACUAAUUGUAAAACCAACAUUAUCUACUUAAAACUGCUUGGUAGCCAUAAUGGAACGUGUACGGAACUAAUUCUUUCAUCUAGUGAUAAUCGAGAAUUCGAAAGUUGGUGUAAAGCUUUCUCUGUGUGA